AGAGAUUAGAUUACAACUCAGAGCAAAGCACGGAUUCGUAAUAAUUGCACGAACGCCUUCUUUUGGCUGUCAACACUCAUUCUACGUCCCCCACGUGUCUACCCCCUUCCAUUUCCACCCAUAUUCCCUUCUUCUCCUCCUCCUCCUCCUUCUCCUCCUAUUUACAUUUCUCUCUCCAUUCCCCCUUUCUCUCCGCCACCCCCCCCUCUUUAAUGUGAUUCUCUUCAUUCAUCCACCCAUGGCCGUUGCCCACCGCCACAAGUCACACCCCGAUGUCAAGCUCUUCAGGCUCUGUCCCAUUUGGCAAUCUGGGAAUACUCAUUCCUCUUCCUCCUCCUCCACUCACAACCUUCACCAUCCUACUCAUCCCCCUAGCGACACAAACCUGAAAGCUUCCUCCUCUUCUAAGACCGUUUCCUCUGUCGCCAAGUCUCUCUUGCCUCCUCGACGCAGGCUCCGUCUUGAUCCUAACAAUUCUUUGUUCUUUCCUUAUGAACCCGGGAAGCAGGUAAAGAGCGCCAUCAGGAUGAAGAAUACAAGCAGAUCCCAUGUAGCUUUCAAGUUUCAAACGACAGCUCCGAAGAGCUGUUAUAUGCGGCCUCCUGGUGGCAUUCUUGCUCCUGGAGAAAAUUUUAUUGCUACUGUCUUCAGAUUUGUAGAGCAUCCCGAGAACAAUGAAAAGCCAAUGGACCAGAAGAGCAAAAUUAAGUUUAAGAUCAUGAGCCUUAAAGUGAAAGGAGGAACGGAAUAUGCACCUGAGCUGUUUGAAGAACAGAAGGACCAAGUCACUGUUGAGCGGAUUUUGCGGGUUGUAUUUGUAGAUCCAGAGCGACCUAGUGCAGCUCUUGAAAAGCUGAAACGUCAAUUGGCUGAAGCCGAGGCUGUACUUGAAGCGCGCAAGAAACCUCCAGUAGAAACAGGUCCUCAGGUUAUAGGGGGUGAAGGGCUUGUGAUAGAUGAAUGGAAAGAACGAAGGGAGAAAUAUCUUGCUCGUCAACAAGUGGGUGCUUUAGACUCUGUGUAAAGUUCGAUUUACUGUUGCAUUGCACUACACUCUUUUCGGUGGUAAAUCUGUACAGGUAUUCUCAUCUUCCAAGCCCUGGAUAUCUAGAAGGUAAAAGGAGUUGUUGGUUGGAAAGUUCAUCUGAGAGGGAAAAAAAAAAGAAUAAAAACCGAUGUCGACUCCACUACUCAUGAAAUGUGCAGCGCGUAAUUUGGAGAACUUUGAUUGAAAGUCGAUGGCUGCUCAUUGUAGAUAACGAAUUUUGCUUGUGAGAAUAAAUGUACUACAUAUCAAUCACCUCAGUUAUGAUUAUAAGAUAAAUAUAAUAUGGUUUCUUGGUUGGAAUUGAUCAGUUUAACUUUUGGAUAGAUAAGUUGUGUACUUAUUUUGGUGAAGGACAGAAUUUCCAUAAAUCCCAUAAUUUUUUAGCUUAAAAUUGGGUGCUGCUUCUCUUAUUCAAUCAAACUAUGCGUAGUUAUAAGAUGAUGUAUUAAUGGAAUGGUUUAUGCCAUCUUUUUUGGGUUUCAAAUUUCA